CCAUUCCUUGCCACGCCUCGGGGAUGUGUUCCAGUGCGCCGGGAGUUGAUCAUCCUCGCGAUCGCCAAACACCACCGCUAUCUUCACUUGCGCGUCUCUCUCUUCUUUAUCUGUUUGUGGCGUCGUCCGCGACACGCGGCAGACUCACAACACCUUCAUUUGUGAGACGUGGGAGAGCGAUCGGUAGCACAUGGCGCCACGUGGACAGUACCAAUUCAAAAGGCAAGAGGGCAGAUCCGGCGAAGGCGCUGGAGGGCAAACCGGAAGGGGGCACGUCCCGAAGUCCAAAAAGUUGUGCGGGGUUCACGGAUCGGAGGGCGAGAUGGGGGGUGAGGGGGGACAGGACGUGUCGCCCAUGGAUGUCCCUUCCACGGCCACGCCAACGCCCGGGUUCGGGAGAGACGGUGUCAGCAGGGAGCGGAUGAUAGCACUGGCCAACCUUGGUCUUUUAGGGACUCCACGUGGCGGCGGGAGUGGGACCGUGCGUUCUCAAGGGAUUGUCAUCAACGACACGACACCGCAAAGGCCUGUAAGUUCAACGUCAACGAUCGUUUCCAUUGUCGAACGCACGGAUAAAGGACAAGUCCCUGUGUCCCCCUUGCGCCACGUGGAUCCGUCGAACACGUUGAUGCCGGGGCAGACCGGGGGGUCGUCGAGGGUUAUCGCAUCUUCCGCACAAGCAGGAAGCCCCAGUGUCCAUGCCACCGCCACUACUGCGGGAGAAAGGCGAGAAGAUCGGAGGGUCGAAGAGGCGGGGAGGAAAGAGGAGAGGAGGGAUAAGAUUCCGCGGCCAGACUGCGUCAUCAUGCCAGGCCCCGAUGUUCCGCGCGUGCGAAUCGAAGAUCCUGCGCAACGAGAGUCAGCUCUGCGACGGGCAAGACGGACGGAAAACGUCGCUAUGCGCAUCAUCCACGGGUGGAUAUUCAGGUCGUCUUCAAGGUCCGAUGGUUUCACCCGCACUGAGUCGUAUGUCGCUGUCGAUUACCCCACCAAUCUAGUGAAAGCAGCUUGGCAGAGCGUGGAGUGGUCGAGGGUAGUGCCGCCUAGUGUCGUCUACCACACGCUCGCUCUGAAGAUGGGCAUUCCAUUGUGGUAUGCGGGGGCAUAUAUCGAGGAUAGGCCCGAAGACGACGACAUGGCAGCCCAUCAGGAGUCCACGGUGAUGCGUUUGGUGUCCUACUUUCACGAUGCGUUCCGAGCCGGUGCGCGAGACGAUGACGAUGUGGAGGCUGAGGAUGCCAUUUACGACGCGGAUGACGUGUGGGCAGGGAAGGACAUGAUUGAGGAGAUUGCAACCGCAAGGAAGGGCAAGGAGAAGGUGCACGAUGACCGACUCGUGUCUCGUGUGUGGGAUAGGUGGGGGAGCCUUGAUGAUGUGGAGGACCUCGACGGGUUCCUGCAUGGCUCCAGACACACCCUUCAUAUCAUGAAGGACAAUGAGGAGUGUCGCAGGCCGGAGGGGGGGAGCGGACGGGUUGAUGAGGGUCAUCAUGUGGACACAGGCUUUCAUUCGACUGCCUUUGACGGCGAGGCGGGCUGCAGCGAGCGGCCUUCAGAGGGACCUAUCCCAGGGAGUGUAGCAGAGGAGCAGCGUCCCGAUGUUGGGAAGCUGGAGGCAUCUCCUGGCAGGGAGGACCUGUGUCCCGAUGUGGAGCAGGAGGCAGCUGCCAUGGAGGCAACUCCCGACAUGGAGCAGGAGGCAGCUGCCAUAAGCCAUGGACAGCCUGUACCUGCACGUUCACACGAUGGCAGUGGUGAUUCAUCGAUGCCUCGACUUGCUCACGAUCAUUCACAGCCUUUGCGGAGGGGAUCGGUUGAUUUAUCUGCGCUUCCUCCACUGCCCGCCCGAGUGUCAUCUGUCAUUGUUGACAACACCGCGACGAGAGGGAAGAAGAGGAAGAUCGCUGAUACAUGUGCGGUAGAGCAUUCACGAGCACAGAGACCACCAGGGCGAGGUAGACCGCGAGGGCACCCCCCAGGGGGUCGAUCAGGCAGAGGUAGAGGGAGGUUGGGUGUCGCUGGAGCGACGGAGAGGCUGUUGGGUUCAUUGGGUGCCAUCGGUGGAGGUUCACCAUCACCCAUAUCCGCAGACGGAGUGAGGACUCGAUCCCGUGCUGUUGUGGGGAAGAGGACGCGUGUUCAUGUUGAGGAUAAUGACGGCACCGAUGAGCAGGUCAGCGGUGACGGGUCUGAGAGCGAGUACGAGGCUCCACCGCAGCCCUCAUGUGAUGAUGACGACGAUGACGCCGGAGGGGAUGAUGAUGAUGCUGCGGUAGAGGACGAGACACUGGUUGAUGGGUGCUGAUGUAUUUUGACUCUUUUUGAGAGAGAGAGAGAGAGAGAGAGAGAGAG